AUACUUAGAUAACCCCGCUAGUGCUAUAUCAAAUAUUAUCAUGUUUCCGUUUUUUUCUUUUGUUAUUUUUUUUUUUAACACCUCCAUAUGUACAUCCUGCAGAUCACUGAAGCGAUUAGCACCAUAUUGGAAUAUUGUACUAUGUUGAAUAACACUGGAUAUUUUAUACAGAUUGCUACAGACUCAGAAGAUAUUUCCUCUGUGAAAUAAAUAAUUUCGCAAACGAAAACACUUAUAUGUUCUACAGUGAUUUAGGGAUACAACGACGAAAUGGCCAUGUCAAACGAUAGAAAAGACGUAAAAAUCUUAUUCAUUUACGACAACGAUGGGCAGAGCUGGUCAGAUUAUUUAAAGAAUAUGUUUGAUAAGCACUACGAUGUGAAUACAACUAUGGUGCUCUCUUCAAACCUGACAGAAUGUAUGCUGGCAGAGUAUUUAGUGAAGGUCAUUAUAUUAUCGCCGGGCAUGGAGUAUAAUCUUCAACCAAUUUUGAUAGCAAAUGAAUCCAAUUUCGGAUUUUUCAACAUAUUUUAUUCGAAUGUCAAAAUUAAGUCUUGUCUUCAGCAGUUUCUGUUCAACAUUUCAAAUGUAGUAGAAUUAAAGUCAACGCCAGAAAACGUUCGUGAACUACUGCUCUGCAUCAUUGAAGAUUACGAAUAUUUUGCAAGCGAUCAAUUUGUUGAGGAGGAAGAGGAGUACUUGCACAUGGAUGGCCGAUUGAUAUGCAUUGAUGUUGUACCAGAGAUAUUAUACCCGGGCCAGUCGACGAUUUUUAUCAUAUUUAACAUAGAUGUCGAUGAGAAGAUUCAUGUUAAAGUAAACGAAAUUGAAGAAGCUAUACCAGCCCAAAAGGUGACCUCCAGUAUUUUCUCUGCUGAAAUGCCGGAAGGUCUCAGUGGACGGAAGACAUUCUGCAUUCAUCGUGAAGGCAGUCCCGAAGCAAUAUUCACAUCAAUGUUGACAAUGGUAACCCCAGAUGUAAUGAUGGACAACUUCUUGGAAAAUUUGUAUCUCUAUUCAGAGAAAAACUCUCCCAAAGAAAUCACAAAUUCUGUCGCAAAAGACAACAUCCUCAACAGUAAGUUGACAGAAAUAAUUUUCCUGCUAGCUUAAGUAACUAAUUUUGUU